AAUCCUACUACUAUUGCACGUAUUGUUAAUGUAUAGACAUAUUUAUUUGGUUUAGAAGUCUAAAUAUGCUUUAUUUUAAUAGUUUAUAUGCCAAAAACACCUUUCGUACAAACUCUCAUAAGGCUCGAAAUUUAGAAUAUAAUAGGUUCUGAUGGAGAAUCUCCAUAUAAUAGUGGUAGGAUAGGAUACCUCUCCGGCUUCAAGGUGCCUGACAACACAAAUCCAAUUGAGCUAGCUAAUAUAUGAACCACCAUGAAUUUACGAAACCAGGUAGUCCGACUACUAAAGGAAACAAUCUCUAGCCAGACCUUACUGAACCACAAAAGUUCAUUCUUAACGUGUGCAUUUAGUUUCCUGCGACAGGUUUCGUGCUCUCCCGGCCAAGAUAGAUUCUCUCCGGCAAAAUUAAAUAUGACUGAACCCAACGAACAACAGGGAACAUUCUUCCAGCACUUGGGACAUGGAGGCAGCAGCAACCCCCUCAGCCCUCAGGCUUCACCACACUCUCUCGGGGUCGAACAAGAGACUGAAAGCUAUGGAGGACGGAACUACCUCUAUGACUAAAAGCAGUAAGAAUGCACCAGAACGAAUCCCAAAGCUUGAAGGGUUUGGGGCAUCUUACAGUUCUUUAGCUGAAAGAUGCGACCACCUGCUGUCGUUAAAUCUAUGCCAUGAAUCCAGCUCAAUGUCUAGAGGAGCCUCUGAAGAUCAAGUGCUGGCAGCUGAAAGUUCUUAUCCACCAGAUGCUGCUGCCACAGAUAAUGAGAUCAUGGUGAAUCUAAUCACCCAGCCAAUGCAUUCACAGGGCACUGAUGACAGAGAACCAGACUUGGCUGAGCUCAAGUUUCAAGUUGCAAAGCUGAUGGAGGAGAAUCUGUGGCAGCAGGCAGAGUUGGCAAGGAGAAAUGUCGAGAAGAAAGUGACUAUCUCCAGGCUUCAAUCACAGGUUGAACAUUUGAAGCGUCAGAAUAUGGCCCUCCAGGAUUCUAUCAGCUUCUAUGAAAUGGGGAAGAAGAAUCAUCGAUCAUCAACUUCAAAGUUGCACCAACUUUGGGACAAGCUCUGCAGAAGAGAAUAUACAGAUUGAUUAUAGUCGCUUUCCCAGAUCCAACCAGA